GUGCUUUGUGCGUCUGCGCCAUCUUCCGGCUCCGGGCGGCCACUCCACCGCUGCCGGGCUGGGAGCGCUCGGCGGCGCCGGCGGCACCUGGGCCCGAGGCGGCGGCACGUGAGGGCUUCUGGAGCUUUCCGGGCGUUCCUGGGAGUUAGCGGGAGCGAGACCCACGGCCAGGCAGGCGUCGGACCUGCGAGAAGCCGGGACGUCCGGCGCCGGCGCCAGUGUGUGGCUUUUCCCGCUCAGGACUACAUCUCCCGCCGGCCCCUGGGGCACGGGCCCCGCCAGCGCCCCCUUUCGGCGCCCAGCGUCAUAGCCCAGGCCCCUGGACCUCGUAGCUCUGCCACCUCAGGAGUCUGCCCUUCCCCAAGGGAGGAUCCAGGAGGAGAACUCGUCAGCCCUUGAAAUUCUAAAAGUCAUGUCCCUCGGGUCAGAGUUGUUCAGAGAUGUGGCCAUAGUCUUCUCUCAAGAAGAAUGGCAAUGGCUGGCACCUGUCCAGAGGGAUUUGUACAGAGACGUGAUGCUGGAGACCUACAGCAGCCUGGUCUCAUUGGGUCUUUGCAUAUCCAAACCUGAUGUGAUCUCCUUUCUGGAGCAAGGCAGAGAGCCCUGGAUAGAGGAGAGGGUGACGGUAGGAGACCUGUGUCCAGAUCUCUAUGAGUUCCCUAUCAAACCAAAGGCAUUGACAAAACUGUAUUUCGACAGGUUACAACCUAAAAGUUACCAGUAUCUUCUGACCUUUAUAUUUGCCAUUGAAGAGGUCAACAGGAACCCACACCUGUUACCCAACGUGUCCCUGGGAUUUGAUCUCUACAACGCCAUCCAUAGUGAAUGGAAGACCCUGGAGAGCACCCUGACCUGGUUGUCUGCAGUGGGCAAGGCCAUUCCUAAUUACACCUGUGUGAGGAAGAGCAAGUCUGUGGCAGUCAUUACAGGAAACACAGGGGCGAUUUCAGCACAGAUAGGGACGCUGUUGGAACUCUACAAAUUCCCUCAGCUCACCUAUGGUCCUUUUGAUCAAAUUCUGGGAGAAAAUCGUCAGUUUACCUACCAGAUGGCUCCCAGGGAAUCAUCUAUGGGCCUGGGCAUGGUGUCCUUGAUGCUGCAUUUCCACUGGACGUGGGCGGGGUUGGUCAUCUCUGAGGACACCAGGGGCAUUCAAUUCCUGUGGGAUAUAAGAGAUGAAAUGAACAAGAACGAGGUCUGUGUGGUUGUGGAAAUGCUCUCUGUCAUGGGCAAGAGGAAUGCACCAUCUGAUUGGCACUACCACUUUAGAAUCCUGGAAUCAACUGCAAACGUGGUGGUCAUUUAUGGUGACACGGACUCAUUAAUGGGCCUGAGCUUCUCAAAAUAUGGGCUCCUUGUGACUUGGAAAGUGUGGAUCACAACAUCACAAUGGGAUUUCAUCCCCAGUGAGAUGGAGCUCAUGAUGGACACAUUCCAUGGGACUUUGAGUUUUUCACACUCCCACGAUGAAAUCCCUGGUUUCAAGCAUUUUCUCAAGACAGUGAAUCCUUCCAAGUACCCAGAAGACUUUUACCUCACUAAAUUUUGGCUUAUCUAUUUCUUCUGCUCGAUUUCAAAGUCCGACUGUGAGAUGUUGCAGGGCUGUCCCACGAAUGCCUCUCUGGAGGAUCUGCCAGUGCACGUCUUUGACAUGAGCAUGUCUGAAGGGAGUUACCACAUCUACAAUGCUGUGUAUGCCGUGGCCCACACCCUUCAUGAGAUGCUUCUUCAGCGGGUAGAGGUGCAGCCAGUGUGGAAUGGAGAUGGGUUGACGGUGUACCCCUGGCAGCUUAACUCCUUUCUGAAGAACAUCAAAUUUAACAACAGUGUUGGUGAUGAGGUGAAUCUGGAUGAGGAACGAGUUUCUAGGAAAGACUAUGACAUUCUCAACUACUGGAAUUUCCCUCAAGGCCUUCACCUCCAGGUGAAGGUUGGAAAGUUUUCACCACGGGCUCCACAUGGUCACCGUCUUUCCAUAUCUGAGGAGAUGAUAGAGUGGAAUGUGGAGUUUAAAGAGAUUCCCCAUUCUGUGUGCAGUGAGAGCUGUGGCCCAGGAUUCAGGAAAACCCACCAGGAGGGACAAGCUGCCUGUUGCUUCGACUGUACCCCUUGUCCAGAGCAUGAGAUUUCUAAUGAGACAGAUGUGGAGCAGUGUGUGCGCUGUCUAGACGACCAGUACCCAAAUCCUGCACGAGAUCGGUGCCUGCCCAAGGUCGUGGUGUUCCUGGCCUAUGAAGACCCGUUAGGAGCAGCACUGGCCGGGGUGGCUCUUGGCUUCUCUGUGCUCACUGCUCUGGUACUUGUGGUGUUUGUGAAGCACAGAAACACUCCCCUAGUCAAGGCCAAUAACCGCAACCUCAGCUACACCCUGCUCGCCUCCCUGUGUCUGUGCUUCCUCUGCUCCCUGCUUUUCCUUGGCCGUCCCAACACAGCCACCUGCAUCCUCCAGCAGACCACGUUUGCCAUCAUGUUCACAGUGGCUGUGUCCACCAUCUUGGCUAAAACCAUCACCGUGGUCCUGGCUUUCAAGGCCACAGCACCAGGGAAGAGGAUGAGGCAGUGGUUGGUGUCAGGCGCACCCAACUCUGUCAUUCCCAUCUGCUCCCUCCUCCAAGUGAUGCUCUGUGGAAUCUGGCUGGGAACGUGUCCUCCCUUCAUUGACACAGACACACAUGCUGAGCCUCAGCAGCUCCUGGUCCUGUGCAACAAGGGCUCUGCCACUCUCUUCUACCUCGUGCUGGGAUACCUGGGGUCCCUGGCCCUGGGCAGCUUCUCAGUGGCUUUCUUGGCCAGGAGUCUGCCUGAUACGUUCAAUGAAGCCAAAUACUUGACGUUCAGCAUGCUGGUGUUCUGCAGUGUGUGGGUGACCUUCAUUCCUGUGUAUCAUAGCACCAAGGGGAAGGUCAUGGUGGCUGUGGAGGUCUUCUCCAUCUUGGCCUCCAGUGCGGGACUCCUGGGCUGUAUCUUUGCCCCCAAGUGCUACAUCCUUCUGGUGCGGCCGAACAGGAAUGUUUUACAAGGAAUAAAGUAGAAAGCAAGGUCUAGGGGACCAUAAGCAGACUGUGCAUUAACUCACAGGUUUUAUAAAAUGAAAGCAAGGGCUAAAUCUAACCACAGCACUCUGGUACACAGGACUGAGAUAGAGCAGAACACUGCACCUUCUCAUUGGACACAAGACUCUCCUUUCUUUCACUAACAGCUCAGGACACUCUAGCCUUCUUUCUAUUCAUCCUAAUAACAUGUAGGGUUUUUUUCUUUUUGACUGUGUUAAUGUAAUUUUAACAUCAUACCUUAAAAUUUCUAGUUCUUGUCACAUAAAUUACUUUUCCAGUGCUUUUACAUUACAGGUUUAAAUUGCACAACAUGAUGUUUUGAUGCAGCUAUACAAACAGAACUGAUGACUAGAGUCAAACAAAGUCACAUAUGCAUCAUGUGCAUAGUUGUAUUUUCCUGUGUGUGCACCACAAAGUAGCUAAAAGUUGCACUCCUAACACAUUUCCAGUAUAGAGUAGUAUUAUCUGUAGUCAUGCUGUGUGCAUCAGACUUACUCAUUUCACUCACUAAACAUUUGUAACCUCUGACCUGUUUUUCACACCUUCUCCUGACCUCAUUAGCCACAGGAACACUAUCCUAUUUGUGAUAACACAGAUAAACGUGGUGGAGUACAGGAAAUUGGACCAUGCCAUUAUGAGGCCUGAUGUGUUCAAAAUCUGCAAGGUAGAGCAGGAGGCUCAGAACUCAGGAAGGCCAAGGCUGCAGGCCUUGUCUAGUGUCCUUCUGAUGAGCCAGGAAGGGCUGAAGUUGUCCAUAGUUUGCAGAGCUGCCUGCUGUAAAGUCUCCUGUCUUGGUUUUCAACUCGGACCUUCCACUGACUACAGCAGACCCAGCCAGAGUAGCAAGGGAAACGUUCUUUGCUCAAAGUCCACCAACUUCAACACUCAUCUCAUCUAAAACAACCAACCAGAAACCCCAGAGUAAUAUUGAUCAAAUGUCAGGGUAAUCAAGGGUACAGUAGGGAUGAAACAUUUAAUGAAAUAUCACAUAUUUUCUUAUUCAGCUAGGGCAAAAUCCACUAAUUUGAUUUACCAUGUACAGGGAAACAGAGAACGUUGCAUUGCAGGUACAUAUCUGUGCUAGGCUGACCAGGAAAAUGAGUAGAGGAAUGGUCUUUCUAGGUGCAUCAAACUCCUUUCCCCAAAGAACAGAAUCACAAGAGCAUGGUCUCACUGCAAUUUUGCAAAGUGCAAAGGGAAGAGAUGGGAGAUGCUCCUGGGAAGAUGGAACAAACUGAUAUUUCCUACUGGGCUACGUUCAGGCGCUUGGAUUCUCUUCUGUGGUGGAUGGAAAGUGUGAGGGCUGUGAGUCAGGCACAGUCAUUACACCAUUAACAUCAUCUUGGGGGCAGAAUGAUGGUUGGGGAAGAGAGGGCUGAAUGUGCCAAAGGGCCCGUCAGGUUUUCUGGCUCUGUCUCUGGCAACUGCAGACCUCUUUAUGCAACAGACACUGGGGUCUCAUCUCAGCACACCCAAUUUCACUCUGCAUCAUUUAGUGAAAACACAGGGGCUUUCACUGUUAUACAGUAGGUUAAUCUUCCAUGUGCAACACUGACAUAACAUGUGGGCUCUUGUUCCAGUCCCAGUUGCUCCACUUUCUUUCCAGAUCUCUGCUAUGUCCUGUGAAGGCUGUAGAAGAUGGCCCAAGUGCUUGGGCCACUGCUUCAUGCCGGAGACCUGGAGGAAGCUCCUGGCUCCUGGCUUCUGAUUGGCUCAGCUCCGGCUGUUAUGGCCAUUUGGGGAGUGAAGCAAUGGAUAGAAGACCUUUCUCUCUGUCUCUCCUUCUCACUGUAUGUAAAUCUACCUCUCAAAUAAAUAAAUAAAUAUCUGGAGAAAAAAGAAGUGGAGUGGCCAGGGCUUGACUGCCAGCCAUGUGGGAUGCCAGCAUGGCAGAUACCACAAGGCUAUACCACAAGGGCAGCCCCUGCAUUUUCUUAACAAAAUGGCUACAGAUAGCCAGAAAACAAACAGUGGAGGCACAAUAGGAUCUUCCAUCUCAAAGCAAGAAAAUGCUUAAAACUGUUUCUGGUAGUAAAACUGGGAGGAUUGAAAAAUAAGAAAAAUAAGUGAAAAAGUAAAGGUGUUACUAGAAUCAGAAAAUUAUAAACACAAAGAUAAAGUGGAAACUUAUGAUACUUCAGAUACUCCACACUUCCACCUUGUCUAACAAAGCACUACAUAGAAAGGGUAGAAAGAACUAUGGCAAGUCCUUGACCAGAGAAGAAAAAGGAAAGGAGAAAGCUAAUGAGCACUAACAGGGGGCUGUACCACUAUCACCAGGGCACAUCCUGCUUAAUAGUCAGUGGGAGGCUCUCCAAGGAGGAGGGAAGGCAGAGUGAAGCAAAGCUACUCUUUAUCCAUAGCUUUUAAGUCUGUUCGCUAAGCCAUUCAUUCCUUGAGUCUUUGUUAUAUAAGGAAAAUGCUUUCUUUGGAUUGAAAAAACAACUCUGAAAGGGUUUGUGCUGUACACACAUGUGUCUGUUCAUUUAGCAGACAUGUGGACAUGUUUGCCAGCUGUUUGCUGAAACGCAGAGAACAAUUCACCCCAGUAGCAUGGAGUGAGCUUGAUGUCCAAUCUUGAUGUAUCAUUUCAUCCUGUACUGAAGACAACCAAAAUCCUCCACAAUUCUUGAUUCUAGGUUUGGUUCAGGCCAAACCUAAGAUGACACUGUAAUAUAACAUUAUUUCAUAAAGUCAGAAAUUGCAAUUUUAAAGAAGGUAGUGGGGGGCUGACACUGUGGCUGGGGUAUAGGGUUGCCACCUGCAGUGCUGCCAUCCCAUGUGGCAUCAGUUAAAAUCCCAGCAGCUCCUCUUCUGAUCCUGCUCUCUGCUGUGGCCUGGGAAAGCAGUGUAGAUGGCCCUAGUGCUUGGGCCCCUGCACCCAUGUGGGAGAUGCGAGGAAGCUCCUGUAAUCAGAUCUGCUCAGUUCUGUUGUGGGGCGAAAGCAACUUUGGCUGGCUGACAAGGUCACAGCAGAAGGUCUGUCUCAGCAUUUGGUAAGAACAACAGCUGUGGUGCUCUUGGUGGUUUUAGUUUUGUUGGGAACUACACUCUGCAUAAGAAAGCCAGAGCUUCCUGGUGGCCCUGCUAAUGAUAGCUGUAUUAUUAAUUUUAGGGAAGAACGCUUUGUCUCAUAACACCCAAAAUGUCCACUGCUUUGUAGAAUUUUAAGCAUGCAGAAUGUUAGUGUAGUAGAAAUGGUUAAUGCUUUAUGCAAGGUUGACCUGUUUAUGGAAAAGGGUUAAAAGGCAACAGGCUCCCUGGUAAUAUACUUCCCACUACAAUAAAGAUAAAUGUUAUUAAAGCUUUAAUUCAGUAAAUGUUACAAAUACAAGAAUGGUUAGGAUGUCAAAACUGUAGUAUAGAUCUAAGUGAACCUUUAAAUAAGUACAAUAAAGAAAUGAAAGAAUUACAGAAAGAACUGCAAAGAGGGGAUCCAUUUUAAAAAGGGCCUGCUUUGACCUGGUGCUUCUAAUAAAGAUUAGAUUAGGAAGAUACUACUCUAGCUUGUGUAGCCAAUUUCUCCAUAGCUCAGCAGCACUCCAGGCCUUGGCGUGUGUGGGCGGCCCGUUAUCUUGCACCUGUCUGUGAUUGUAACCCAUGCUCUAAUGUGCCCUUGAGAAAAAAAAAAAGAAAUUGUAAUUAGAAACAAAUGGACAACAGACUUGUCAUUGUGAGAAAACAGAAUCAUUAUUUGACUUCUGAUAAAAAUAUAGUCUGGCGCUUGAGAGCCAGAGCCAUGCCAUCAGCCUUGCUGUGAGUGUGUCUCUCAUUUCUUUAAGCGUCGACACCUUUCACACCUUGGGGACUCUGGAGUGCUGGAGCUGGUCUCAGGCAGUUCUGCCCAUUGCAACAAUUUGGAGUGGAUGUGGGAGACCGGGAAGAAGCACCUGGCUCCUGGCUUUGGAUUGGCACAGCUCCAGUCAUUCUCCUCUUUUCUGGAGUGAACCGAUGGAUAGAAGACCCCCCCCCUGUCUUUCUCUCUCUCUUUUCCAACUGUCUGUAACUCUACCUCUCAUAUACUAACCGAUGGAGUAAAUAAAGGGGAGAGUGAUCCAACAUGGGAAGUGAGAUACUCAGCAGACUCAUAGAAUGGCGGAUGUCCUAAAUAGCACUCUGGCCUCAGAAUCAGCCCUAAAGGCAUUCGGAGCUGGCUGAAAAGCUCAUGAGAGUAUUUCAGGCAUGGAAAGCCAAGACACUCUGGCAAAAGAUCUCUGCGAGUGAGAUCCCAGUGGAAAGAACAGGUCAUCAAAGAAGGAGGUACCUUUCUCUGAAGGGAGGAGAGAACCUCCACUUUGACUAUGACCUUGUCUAAACAAGAUAAGAGUCGGAGAACUCAGAGGGCUUCCAUAGCCUUGGAAACUCAUAACUGGAGCAUAGGGAGAUUACUGAUGCCAUAAACAGGAGUGUCAAUUGGUAAAGUCAACAACAGGAGUCACUGUGCACUUACUCCUCAUGUAGGAUCUCGGUCCUUAACGUGCUGUACACUGAGGCUUAAUGCUAUAACGAGUACCCAAACAGUAUAUUUCACUUUGUGUUUCUAUGGGGGUGCAAACGACUGAAAUCUUUACUUAAUAUAUACUAAACUGAUCUUCUGUA